GCAGGGGCCGAGUGUGGGGUGGCUGAGGACAGCAAUUAAGCGAGGGAUUAAGUGCAGGGCUACUGCGGCUGCGCGUGUUCUCCAACGCCUGGGUUUGGACGUGUUCCGGUUUGGGAGCGGAGCUCCCCCUUGCCGCGGGGAGAGGGGGCAGGCACUAAGUCCUUCCCCCUGCAAGACUUCCUCAUGCACCAAGGGAGGGGGGGUGAAAUGGGCUGGGCUAGUAGGGGGCUGCGGGUCGGGAGUGGGAGGGACUGGCAGAGCUCGGGGCAAGGCCGGCUCCAGGUGCUUGGGGCGGCCACUCCAGAGCGGGCAGCACGUCCAGGAGGUGGGACCGGCUUUGUGGGCGGAGCCUUGACCCAGCUGUUGAGGAGUCGAGGGCACGAGGUGACCCAUGUCUCUCGCCAUCCAGGGCCUGACCGGAUCAGCUGGGAUGAACUGUCCCACUCUGGCCUGCCCCCUUGUGAUGCUGUGGUGAACUUGGCUGGUGGGAUGAUGCCUUCCGCAGGGUUGUGGUUGCCAGCCGGGUGGAGACCACCAAGACCUUGGCCAAGGCCAUCGCUGAGGCCGAAAGGCUGCCCCGCUCCUGGGUCCUCGUCACCGGCGUAGGUAUUUAUUGUGCAUGGCCAGAGUGCAACUCAUGCCAUCCUGUCCUAUGGUAUCCCUCCACCAGGUGGAAAUAGUCCCUGGGCAGUGAUAAGGCAGAGUGUGGCCUCUGGAAGUUACUGCUGAGGGGACAGGAGAAAUAGUCCCCAGGUGCAGCACAACCUCCCAUAACAGCAUUGUGUCCUUCUGCCAUGGAGAGAAAAUAGUCCCUGUGGUGCAUCAUCCUUGCACAGCCUUCGCUGGUACUGGUGUGCUUCCGCCACUUAGAGGAAAUAGUCCCCAAUCAUGAGAGGACAGAUCACAGCACCUUGUGGAAAGAGUGUGCUUCCACCAUUGCAUAGAGAGGGAAAAAUAGGCCCUGGGUAGAGCACACUUUGCCCAACAUGUAUCCUUCCGCCACUGAGGGGAUAUACAGUCCCCCCCCUCUAGUGCAAGACAAAGUGCAGCCCUAUGUGGCACUGUGGCACUAGGGAGAAGGGAAAAUUGGCCUGGGGUGCAGCACAGUCUUCCAUGACACAUUGUGAUCCUUCCGCUGCAGAGAGGGGGGGAAAAAUAGUCCCUCCUCUUGUAGGUCAAGGACAAAGCACAACCUCUGGUGAUGCUGAUGUUCUUCCACAAUUGGGAAGAGAUGGAAAAAUAGUCCCCUGGCCAAACAUAACAUCCUGUGAAACUGUCCUUCUGCCACCAAGAGAGAAGAAAAUUUGCAUUGUAAGAGAAUGGAGCCCAGCCUCCUAUGACAUCAAUGCACUUCUGCCAUUGGAGUG